UGGUUGAUAACAUUCGCUUGUAAAUAACACAUCAUUAGUUACUUCCAGUAAUCCACUGUUAAACAUUGUUAAUGGAUAAUUGAAAGAAAAAAGUGUGUUUGAAGUCCACACGGCCAUAGCUGAACAAACACUCGCUGUACAAACCAAAUUUAAUUUACACCACUGGUGUGCCAGAUAAAAUGUCUUCUGCUUCUCUUACUCAUGUCUUAAAUCCAUUAUUUCCCCCUCCCUUUCUCUCUCUCUCUCUCUCUCUUCCUCUCUCUCUCUCUGUCAAUGGAAGUCAUGAGAGAAGAUCAGAGUUCAGGUUAAUUAUUGAUCAAAGGUCCAUCUUCCAGCAGUCAGAGAUCUUCAGUGUUUAUAUGUCUUGACAAAUACAACGGUCUGCGCUUUAUUAAUGAUAUUUGGCUUCAUAUUUUUUCCCAGAGGUCCAGUAUGAUCUCCUGUGAUGGGCGAGUGUUUGUUUCAGCUGUUUGACCAGAUUUGGCUCUGAUUCUUUAUUUACCAUGUUGUGUUUCCACUCAUACGUCUGUCUCUUGUCUUUAACUUUGCCGUUGAGUUUGUGGAGCACAGCUGAAUGUGUCCAGAGAAAACCACACCGACUGUGGCUUCAGCCCCUCAACCAGAGUCACUUUCAGUCUGGAAGCUUACCCAGCGGUUUCCUUUGGGGUGUCGCGUCUUCGGCGUUCCCUACUGAAGGUUCCUGGGAUGCGGACGGGAAGGGAGAGUCUGUGUGGGACCGCUUUACCCAUCGUUCCAGCAUCGAUGGCGGCCGUGUGGAUACAGCAGAUGUGUCCAGUGACAGUUAUGUUCAAUGGGAAGAGGAUGUAAAAUCAGUUCAGUAUCUGGGAGUAAAUUUCUAUGCUUUUUCCAUCUCAUGGGCAAGAAUUUUUCCAGAUGGCAACGCAACAUCCGAACCUAACCGGGCUGGAGUUGAACAUUACCGGCGUUUGAUCAGAAAGUUAAAGGAGCUUGGUGUGGAACCUGUGGUGACGCUGCAUCACUGGGAUUUACCACAAAAACUGCAGGAGCGAUUUGGAGGCUGGCUGAACCCAAACAUGGCAGAUAUUUUUGCAGAAUAUGCAGCGUUUUGUUUCAGAACAUUUGGUGGAGACGUUCGGUACUGGCUCACGUUGCACAACCCGUUUCUGUUGGCCAUUCAGGGUUACGGUACUGGGGCUCACGCCCCGGGUGUGACCGGAGAGCCCGCUGACCCCUUCAUUGCUGCACAUAACCUCAUCAGGGCUCAUGCUAAAGCUUGGCACAUUUACGACAAACAAUUCAGAGCCCACCAGGGCGGUCAGGUCUCCAUCACUCUGGGAUCUCAAUGGGUGGAGCCUUUUCACGGUCAUGCCACAUCAGCCAAUGUGGAGCUCUGUCAGAAAUCCAUGGAGGCUGUGAUCGGUUGGUUUGCAGAGCCGAUACACGGCAGUGGAGAUUAUCCUGCAUCCCUUAAGGCGUCCAAUCGUGGGGUUAUUCCUGAGUUCAGCCUGGAGGAAAGGAUCUGGGUGAGGGGCACUGCAGACUUUUUCUCCUUGGCUUUUGGUCCAGAAACGUUGAGAGUGGUCAAAGGAUUGGCCUGGUUUGGUCAGAAGGUGACCCCGGACUUGAGGAGUGUUCUGGUGUGGGUUCAGCAGGAGUACGGUGAUCCGCGGGUUGUGGUGGCAGCGAGCGGAUGGUUCUCUAACGCUUCUGUCGGGGUCGAUGACACUGUGGCCAUUUAUGUUCUGAAGACGUUCAUCAUGCAGGUGUUGAAAGCCAUUUCCAUAGACAGCGUGAAGGUGUUUGGAUACGCAGCCUGGAGUCUGGUUGAUGGAUUUGAAUGGAAUCAUGGUUACAGCAUGCGUAAGGGACUUUUCUACAUCGACUUUAGCCAAACACAGCGACAGAGACUCCCAAAGACCAGUGCUCACUUCUACAGACAGAUCAUCUUGUCCAGCAAUGACACGCAAAAUAUUAAGGGACAAUUUCCAUGCGACUUCCAGUUUGGUGUGGCUGACUCAAUACUACAGGUGCGUUUGCAUCCAUUUUCACCACAGUUCAUUGACCCUCAUCUGUACCGCUGGAAUUACUCUGGUGAUGGAGCCCUCAAACCUGUGGCCGGCAUCGUUCUUCACACCCGACCAGCGCAGUGUACGGACUUCUUGUACAUUCAACACCACCUCUCCCUCGUAAGAGACACGGCGGCGUCGCAUUACCGGUUUGCGCUGGACUGGUCCCAGCUCGUGCCCAGUGGUGACCUCUCGUCUGUGGAUCCUGAAAAGCUGAGAUUUUACAGGUGUUUGCUGAGCGAGAUCAGGAGCAGGGGAAUCCAACCAGUCGUGACGUUGUACCACCCCAGUUACAGGUCACCCUCGCUGGGCUUGCCCGAUCCGUUGUACGCUAAUGGUGGCUGGAGAAAUUACAGCACUGUGGAGACAUUUAUCAAGUACGCUGUUUUCUGUUAUCGUGAAUUUGGCGCACUGGUAUCGACGUGGAUAACCAUUAAUGAGCCAAACCGUCUGAUGGAAACAUACGGCGGAAGCGCUGAGGACAGGCGAACGACAGCGCGACACCUGUUACUAGCACACGCGAAGGCCUGGCACGUUUACGACGAAAGUUUCCGCCAGAAACACAGAGGGACGGUUAGCUUUGCGCUUCACGCUGAUUGGGCCGAACCAUACAAUCCUUUCUUGGAAGCUCACAAAAGUGCCGCUCAACGCUUUUUGUUUUUUGAACUAGGACGUUUUCUUGAUCCUUUCAUUGGUGGAGAUCCUGAUAUAAAGGAGGGUAACGUCACAUCUCAGUUUCUGAUUGGCUUCACCGAUGAUGAGAAGGAGGAGCUAAAAGGAGCACUGGAUUUCAUUGCUCUGAAUCACUUCACAACACGUUUAGUGUCACCGCUGCACCCUCAGUCACCACAAAACCCAAACCCACAGAACCAGGACCACGGCUGCUCUCUGAUGCGUGACAAGACCUUGCCAUCAUCACCGAUGGAACAGGCCAUAGCACCCUGGGGCCUCCGCAGGAUGCUGAGCUGGAUGAAGAAUCGCUAUGGUAACGCUCUCCCAAUCAUCAUCACAGCGUCAGGGGUUGAUGACCAAGCGGCCUACGAUGAUCAACUAAGACAGAGUUAUAUCAGGAACUACCUGCAGGAGGCACUGAAAGCUUAUGAGUUGGAUGGUGUCAAUCUAAAAGGGUUUUACCUUUGGAAACUUCAGGACAGACAUGAUCCUCAGUUCGGUCUCUUUAAGUCAGCUGCUCAUCACUCACAACCCAAAGCCUCGGUUAACCUUUACCGUGACAUCAUCAGGCACCGUGGCUUCCCACCUGCCGGUGACCGCGGACCGUCUUGCCAGCGCACGGACAGCAGCCCGAGCUGUGGGAUUUGCAUGCAGAUCGCAGAGAACAAAUCCCUGCUGUUUUUCAGCGUGUGUCUUUCAGUCAGCCUGUCCUUCAUCAUCAUCAUCACCAUCUGUGUGGUGAAGAAGAGGAGGAGGACAGCACAGAGACCCUGCACUCGACAGAGAACGAUGGCACAUCUGCACCAUUAAACUAACUGACUACUGUAAGACAGGUGUUUGUGUGGGUUGGUAUAUGUGGUUUACGGGCAUGAAUAGUGUAUAAUGACAUGUUUACUAUGCUAUAAACAUGGUUUACAGCUUUAAAAGCAUACUAAAUGGUAGUGUUUCAUAAUUUAAAGCCUGAAAACAGGUUUUUGUGAUGGUUGGGGUUCGGGACUGUCAGGGGAAUAGAAUAUACAGUUUGUACAGCAUAAAAUGCAUUGCCUCUAUGGGAUUGUCCCCGUAAACCACAUAUGCCAACGUGUGUGUGCGUGCGUGCGUGCAUUUAAAGACAAACAAAGAAUCAAAUUCCUGCAAUGAGACACAUUUUAUAUUUUGUAUGAUUAUAAGAUGCUGCUCAAUGUUUCUCAGUAUUGUCAUUUAUCUGUAGUAAAGAGAGAAAUGUUGCUUUUAUUGUAUGUUUAUUUGUAAUUCACUUUAUUGUAUAUUU